CCAGGGCCCCGGAACGGAGCCGCAGCGCGAUGGAGAAGUUCGGCAUGAACUUCGGGGGCGGCCCGAGCAAGCGGGACCUGGUGGAGACAAUCGAGUCACAGAAGAAGCAGCUGCUGCAGUACCAGGCGCGCCUGAAGGACGUGGUGCAGGCCUACAAGAGCCUCCUGAAGGAGAAGGAUGCGCUGGAGGCCAGCGUCACGGUGCUGUCGGCGUCCCAUGAGGCGGACGUUGGCCCAAGCCGCCCAGCUGCCGGCCCCCCCUUGGCCGACACAGCAGACGACAGGAGCUCAGUCCACAGCGAGGACAGCGGGGGCACAGCGACCAGCGUGGACACGGCCGCCAGUUUAACCAGUACCAAGGGCGAACUGGGCACGGAGGAGGAGAGGGCAGCCGCGGGGGCCUCCCCGCUGAAAUCAGAAGAGGCCAGUGGGUCAGAGAGCGGCGUCAGCACGGGCAGUGCCGAGGCGCCGGAGGCCGACAAACGGUUGCUGCAGCUGAAGACUCAGCUGGCCACCUUGACCAGCUCCCUGGCCACUGUUGCGCAGGAGAAAUCCCGCAUGGAGGCCUCCUACCAAGCGGACAAGAAGAAGAUGAAGCAGGAUCUGGACGAUGCCACCAAAAAGGCUGAGGAGGAGAGGAGCAGGCUGGAGGCGGAGCUGGCGGGCGCCCAGGAGCAGCUGGCUGAGGUCAAAGCCCGCCUCAUUGCCCAGCAGCACGACCGGGCACAGGAGCAGGGUGACCACGCAGUGAUGCUGCGGGAGCUGCAGAGGCUGCUGCAGAGCGAGAGGACCGCGCGCCGGGAGGUAGAGCUGAAGCUGGAGGAGACCAGGGAGGCGUUGGCCGGGCGGGCAUGCGCAGCUGACCGCGCUGAGACCUACGAGCUGCACGUCAGGCAGCUGAGGCAGGAGGUGGAGGAGCUCCAGAGGGAGCUGCAGGCCGUGCAGGAGGAGAACAACAAGCCGGACCCCCGGCUGCAGACCCUGCGGGAGGAGAUGGGCAGCCUCAAGCAUCACUUCCAAGCGCAGCUGCUGCAAGAGAUGAGAAAGGCAGCCCAGGCAGAAGAGCAGCUCCGGCAGCAAGCCCAGAUGGAGGAGCGGCGCGUGGCCAGCUUGGAGGGGCAGGUCUCCGAGGCAUCGGAGCUGCUGGGCACUUACGAGAAAGCCAAGCAGAAAGACCAGCUGGUGAUUCAGAAGCUGAAAGACCGCAUCAUGCAGCUGGACCUGGAGAACAAGACCCUGGCUAUUGCGGUGUCCAGCCGGUCCCCCGUGGACCUACACCUGGAGGAGGCCAACCUUGACUUCAACGUCCUGAAGGACAAAAUGGAGAUGCUGAAGAGGCUUCUGCAGGCAGCAGCUAAGAAGAGCCAGCCAGCUCUGGACAUCGAGAAGCUGUGUGAACUGGAGCUGCCAAAGGGCCAUGAGGCAGGGGACGGGGAGAAGGCCACUGCCCUCUACUACCAGCAGGAACUAAAGCAGCUGAAGGAGGAGUUUGAACGGUACAAGAUGAGGGCCCAAGUGGUCUUCAAAAACAAGUCGGCCAAAGACGGCAGCACGGUGAAGGAGCUGGAGGAGGCUCAGGAGCAACUGGCAGAGCUGAAGGAGAAGUACGUUGCGCUGCGGCUGUCCUGUGAGGAGAUGGAGAAGCAGCAUCAGCAAGAGCUGGAAGCCAGGAAGCAGGAGCUGUGCCACCUGCAGCAGGGUCACCGGCAGGAGCUGGAGAGAUGCCAGCUGGAGUACCGAGAGAGGAGCCUCAUGCUGGAGGAGGAGAUGCACAAGCAGCGGGACCGCGCGCUAGCCAUGCUGGCGGAGAAGGAUCAGGAGCUGGAGCAGCUGAGAGCCGUGGCCUUCCCAUACGGGCUCCACGGCUCCAAGAGCUACCUGGGACCAGGAGGUAAUGUGGGUGAUGACAGCUUAGCGGGUGACAUCUCUUCUGAGAACCUCACACAGGCCCUGCACAUCGCUGCGGCCAGCGAGCCCACCUUCUUCCUGUACGCAGAGCAGCUGGCUCGCAAGGAGGUGGAGAUCACAGCCCUGCGGAAGCAGAAGCACCAGCUGGAGACGGAAGUCCACCAGCUGCAGGAGAAGAUCCUGGUCGAGGGGGAGAAGCACAGGGAAGAGGUGUCUGCCCUUCAGGACUGUAUCCAGAAGACCGUCCGGGACCAGAGCAGGGAGGGAGCCAACCUGGAGUAUCUCAAGAACAUCAUCUACCGGUUCUUGACCUUGACAGACUCUCUAGGCCGUCAGCAGACGCUAACAGCCAUAUUGACUAUUCUGCACUUUAGUCCGGAAGAGAAGCAAGUGGUUAUGAGACACUCAGCCUAUGGCAGCUGGUGGCUGCCUGGGAAGAGAUGAGACCUAGUUCUCACUUGAACUCCUCCUCCCCUGUAAUGACACAUUCCUGGCUUCUGCCUGUCCUGGAAGACCCAGCUGCCCUUCCCCUUCUUACAAUGCAAUGUGUGUCCUGGCAAACGCUAAGGAGCUUGGCAGAGCCUUCAGCAGGGAGCUGAGCUUUUACACUAGUGCCUUUAGCACUACUCUAACGGCAGAAUCGCUCUGGUCAUUUGCCAGGACUGCAGAUUUCUUUGCUACAGGCAUCCACAGGAGGGUGGGGAGGAGACCCUGACUGAGGGCACCAGGUGUGUUAAAUCUCCUUCCCCUGUUGUGCCAUCCCUCUGUGCAUGCAAGGAAUAGGGGGACCCUGUCACUUGCUUGUGUGUGGGCUUUCCAGGUGGGCCUGCAAUUGAGCAGUGAAGGAAGCAGCCCUUUGGAGAUGGGGGGACACAAUGCUCAUGGUAUUUGGUGUGGGGAAAAGCAACAGGAUGAUGGUGACGGGUGAAAUGUAAUUCCCACUGUCUGGGCAUGGGAAAUCCUUGGCAGCUUUGCGGGAUGGCCAAAAUCACAUGAGAAGGAAACAGCUCCUGGUUUUCAGUGGGAACAGCCAAGGUCUGCUGGGGGGAAGGUUGGGGAAACGUAGCAAGAAGUCCCCUCUGCAGCAGGGAUUCUCCACAAAGCGGGACGUGGGCUCACGCAGAGGGAAACGCUUUUCCAGCUCUUUCACUGACUGGCACUUUAUAGCAACGGAGGAGUGAGGGGUGGCUCUGGGCCACAUCCCUUAUAUGUACUGCAGUAGACCAGUCACUGCUCUGUCCCCAGCCUUCUGGGGGGAGACAGGGGCUGUUCUGGGAAGGGGGCCAAGGGGACAAAGCGUAGGGGAUGCUCUGGCCCUUGGCAGCCAUUUGCAGGCUGCUGAGACUUUUGCCAUGUCCUGAGUGCUUCUAAGUAUAAUUUUACUUGAUUUAUUUUGUGACAGCUUGGAUGGGGCCCAGAGCCAGCGCAAGAAGCAGAGGAGGGCAGGAGGAGUGGUUUCUCCCAAUACCAGGGAGUCUUGUAGCUCUGGAGUGCCUGUGCAUGCUUCAGGCUUCACUGCUGUCAUCCUGAGAGCCUGUUGGGGUUGGCCAUGCCUGUGGUGAAGGGCCUGUGCGCCAGCCUGGUCAGGAGCAGAGUCCCUGGGGAGAUGGGCUAUGGCUGCCUCCUCACAGGGUCGUGGGAAGGAAGAUCCUGCCAGGAAACAGGAGCAAAAGUAGCAGGGAAUUCCAGUUGGUCCUGCUCCCUUUCCAGCACGCACUGCUGCCUUUCUGGGGCAGGAUCGUGGUGCCAGCCAUGCAGCAUGGCUAGUAGAGAGGGGCACGCAGGCCACGAGAGCCCCCUCCGCUCUGGUUAGGUAAUGAGCCAAGCUGGGAUCAUCCCUUCCCACUCUGAAGUCAGUGUUCGUGCCUGGGGUCGAGGUCUCCCUUGCCCUUGCCCCUGCCCCUCCUGUGCUUCAACUUGUCCCCCCUUUUUUUUGUCUCCCACCCACAAGCAGCAGAGGUUCCAUUUGUUGCCUCUGCAGUGUUCUUGCUCCCUGCGCCUCUUCCCACUCAAGGACUGGCACUGCCAAGCCAGGACUGUCUGCUGCAUGGUUGCACAGCAAGGCCCCUUGAGCUGCCGGGGCAGGAUGGUGUUGCUGCGGCAGGUCAGCACAUGAAGCAGGGGUGAAUGGUGCUACUAGCUCUGCCAUCCCCCAGCAGUGCAGGGUAGCUGCGCUGGGACCUGCUGAGUGUUGCCAUGUUCCUCCAAUCAGGAGGGGGUCAGGCGCUGUUCUUGGGUACUAUAGUGGGUUUCCUGCCACUGGGGCAUCCCGGUGCUGCUGGGGAGCAGUAUUAGCAGGGCCUAUCCAGGUUCUCUGCCCUGCCCCUUUUGGUAUAAUGUAUCCAGCCAUCCCUGUAGCCCCUUUCCCAGGGCUGUCAGCUGGCCCCAGGACCAGGGCUGGUGUCCAAGGCUAAGCUUUGAAGUUUCCACAGGCCAAAGUUUAGGCCAGCAAACAGCAAAGCUUCUGCCCUCCCUCGGACACCUCUGCCAGCGGCACAAGGAGAUCUGGACUGGCUGAUUUGCCAGGUGCACAUGUAGUCAUGAGCUCUGGGGGUCAUACAUGGGUCUCAUUAAAGGUGCAUUGUGGUCCCGGCAGCAGCAAACAAGCA